UUCCGCGGGCGGCGGGGUCGCCAUGGCGGCAAAAAGUCCUCCUGAUAGUACUCCAAGAAGGCCUGUUUUAUCUGUCAGUGCAAGAAAAAUUAAAGAUAAUGCAGCAGACUGGCAUAAUUUAAUGAUGAAAUGGGAGAGACUGAAUGAUAAUGGAUUUACUACAGCAAACAAAAUAGUCAACAUGAAGAUCAGUGAGCAAUUUCAGGACAACAAACUGGAGAUAGCAUGUGAUAACAGUGCCACAGAACCUGAAAAGCCAACCCCAAAAUACAAUGAAGAGCUGGACAAUUGCUGUGCAGAAUUACUUGAGACCUUAAAGCAAAUGACAAAAAUACAGAUGAAAAUGGAAAAGCUUACUUCAACUACUAAAGCAAUCUGUAACUUGGAAACAUUCCACCAUGGAGCUGGGAAUUGCAAGGCUCCCUUCUUUCAUACGUGGCCCACAUCAUACUUCUAUGAGGUUUGUCUGAAGCUGUCUGAAAUGUACAAGAAGGAGCUACAACUCAAGCAAACAAUUGUACAAGACAUUGCUCAUUCUGCUGACCAGGAUCUGAUGAUGGUGUAUUUAUCCUCGUGGCUGUACCAGCCUUACAUUGACAACAGCAGCAUGCUGCUGCUCGAAGCCAUGCUGCUGGAAACAGGACACAGGCAGUGCUAGAAUUCCAGAGGUUACAUGGCUGCCUUCUAGGGAUGCUAAUAUGAAACUGAACUGGCAUGUUGCAAGGCUUACCAAGUAAGUUGAUUUUUUGUAAAACUUAUUAAAAAUAUUUUUCUCUAUUCAUAUUUCUUACUUUGUCUCAGCUGAUACUCCUUUUUCUGCGUGGGGCAAUCUAGUUUUGGUUGUUCUUAUCUAUUUUAAAUGCAACACAGAAGCUACAGGUAGGAAGCUAAGUCCUCUAUAGUCAGAAAGAGGUAAGCACUGCUUGGCAAUCUGGGGGAUUCAAUGCAUUUAGAAUCUACAGCAAAAGACGUUACUUCCUCCCAAGUCUGGACACCCUAAAAUACCUACAUGGUCCCUUUUGCCACAGAAAUUCAGCAAUUCUUGAUCUUCCAUGGUUUUGGGGGUUUUUUUUGGGUUUUUUUUUUGCAAGAAUUAACAGGGCAAAUGUUUUUGUACUUGAUUUAUAAGUGGA